AUGUGUAUCAGGAAGAUGUUUACGUUGCUAAUUAGGAUUUUAAAUAUUUAAUGGAAAUUGUGUAAUUUAAUAAAGGUAACAAUAGAUAAAGCACAUCAUUCAUUAAGUAUUUAUUUUGAUGCAAUUUUUGGAUGUGAUUUUUAGAGCGGAGGUGGCUAUUUAAUAUACACAAUUAAUACUACAUAAUAUUAAGUGAAUUAGAAUAAAACAGUAAUAAUAAAUAUUCCAUAAUCUUCACCUACAUUACUAAUCGCUUUCGAAUGUUAUGGAUCAAAUAAUAAUGUUUAAGAUAGAUAUUGUGCUUUUUCUGAUUAUUAAAUAGUUGUCCAUUAUUGUAGUCCAUUUUGUUUAGAAUGUUCUGAUGAAAAUACAUGCAUUUAAAUGGCAACUUUUGAUACUUCAAUUAUUAAAUUAGAUCCAUCUGAAUGUGGUCCUUAAUAAUUUCUCGAUUAUUAAUAUUUUAGAUGCGAGAAUUGUCCUUAAGAAUGCCAAGCUUGUUUUAAUGAAUAUGAAUGCACUUCGUGUUUCUAUCCAUAUAAACUAUAUGUUACUAGAUGUAUAUUAAUGUGUUCGACAAUUUAAUAUUUUAAUAUUGGAACUUAGUUAUGUGAAGGUAAAAUAAUACUAAGAUUUUAGACUGCAGUUUUAAAUGCAAAUAAUGUAGGAAUCAGAAAGAUUUUUGCAUUCAUUGUGAAGAAAAAAAUUUUCGUUAUUUAUAACUAAAUUAAUGUUUAUGUUAUGAUGGAUAUUACGAUGAUAAUACGGAACCUAAAUGUUAAGUUUGUAACAAAUUGUGUAAAAAAUGUUAUGGAUCAUCUAAUGAUCAUUGUACUCAAUGUAUUUAGCUAGAUAAAGUCGAGAAAAAAGGUGAUGUUUGUGAUUGCUAAGAAGGAUAUUACUUUGAUGAUUCUAGUUUUUAAUGCAAAUAGUGUAAUUAAAAAUGUAAGACUUGUUUUUCAUCAUUUGAUAAUUCUUGUCUAAGCUGUAAUGCAAAUGAAUACAGAAGUUUAUAGGGAAUCACGUGUAUAUGUUAAUUAGGAUAUUAUGAAGUUAGUGAUACCUGUUAAGCAUGUCCAUCAUCUGAAGAUGUAAGCUUAUCAUAAUGUUACAAAAAAUGUGGAAAUGAAAUAUUUAAAUGGCAUAAUGAAUUAUGUGACAUAGUUACAUGUUUGUCGGGCUUCUAGAAUAUUGACAAUUUAUGCAUCCCAAUAUGUGGAGACUUAAUAUUAUCAGGCGAUGAAGAAUGUGAAGAUGGAAACUAAGAAAUUAAUGAUGGUUGCACAAAUUGUAAAUUUUAGUGCCCAAAAUAAUGUUUGACCUGUAAUCAUUUAACAAUUUAUCCUUGCUCAGAUUUGUGUGGAGAUGGAAUUAUAAGUGGUUUUGAAGAAUGUGAUGAUGGUAAUAAUAUUUAAUCUGAUGGUUGUUAUCAAUGCAAGUUAGAAUGUUAAGUUUAAUGUACAAAAUGUUUAAGAGGUUUAUGCUAUGAUUGUUUAACAUAUGGGUGGAUUAUCAACAUUGAGACGUAGAAAUGUAUUGAGAAUUGCGGAGACUCAAUUGUUAUAGGAUCGGAAGAAUGUGAUGAUGGAUAUAAUCUAGAUGAAAAUGAUAAUUGUUUUUAAUGUAAGAGACUAUGCAGAAAUGAUUGCAAAACAUGUAGUUCUGAUGGAAUGAAUUGUUUAGAUUGUAAAGUUGUUGGUUUUAAACCUUAAAGUUAUUAUUGUGUCAAUAUUUGCGGGGAUGGCUACCUUGCAGUUGAUCCUUAUGGAAGAAAUACAGAGGAAUGCGAUGAUUUUAAUUUAAAUGACUAUGAUGGGUGCAGCUCGAUUUGUAAGUUUUAAUGUUAAACUUCUGUUUGUUUGACCUGUCUGAAUGAAAAAUGUUUAUAAUGCAUUGAUCAUUAUUACCUUGACGCUAAAAGCAAUAAAUGUUUAGAAAAAUGUAAUGAUAAUAUAAUAGUUGGAAAUGAAAAAUGUGAAGAUAUGAAUACUUUAUUAUAUGAUGGCUGCUAUAACUGUUAAUUAUCUUGUUAACCUAGUUGUUUAAAUUGUCAAAUUAAUGGUUGUUUGUAAUGUUAAAGAGGAUUUUAAUUGAUUGAAAAUAAAUGUCAAAAUAUUUGUGGAGAUGAAUUAAUUGUUCCUGGGGAAGAUUGUGAUGAUGGUAAUAUUGACCCUUUUGAUGGAUGUCAUUUUUGUUAGUUUCAUUGUGGUCCCGAUUGCUAAUUAUGUGUAUCAGGAAGAUGUUUACGUUGCUAAUUAGGAUUUUAAAUAUUUAAUGGAAAUUGUGUAAUUUAAUAAAGGUAAAAUAAUUAAAUUUCUCAAUAAGAAUAACUUUUGGAAUAUAAUCAUAUGAGUUAAUCUUAUAUAAAAUAUUGUCACUAAUAGAUCAAUGAUAUUUGUAUUAUUUGUGAAGAACAUUACUAUUUAAAUGCAAAUAGGUCUAAAUGUGAGAGUUAAUGUGGAGAUAAUUAUAUUAAUGAUCUUGAAUAAUGUGAACAUAACUUAAUUUAACAUAAUAUUAUAUGUUCGAGCUGCUAAUUUUAAUGUAGAGAUUACUGUGUUGAAUGCUUUUUUGGAUUGUGCCAAAUCUGUGAAUAGGAUUAUGUGCUCAUUGAUAAUCAAUGCCUUCUUAAAGCUAAGUGUGAUCCUGAUGAUGGUCUUUACUACAACCCUUUAAUUAAUUAAUGUUAUGACAUAUGCGGAGAUCAUUUAAAAUCUAUCUACGAAGAUUGUGAUGACGGUAAUUUGGAUCCAUAUGAUGGUUGUUUUGAAUGUAAAUAUUCUUGUAAUCCUCUAUGCCCAUUAUGCAUAGCUGGAGUUUGUACUGAUGAUGGCACUGCAUGUAAGAAAGGCUAUUAUUUUGAUUAAUAAAAUGUAUCUUGUUUUAGUGCUUGUGGUGAUGAAAUAGUAGCAGUGCCAGAUGAAGAAUGUGAUGUGCUCAACACUAGAAAAUGUUUAAAUUGUAAAUUAAUCAUAGAUAAUAAUUGUAAGACCUUAGAUGUAAAUAACUAAUGCUUAGUCUGCUUAGAUGGCUAUUAAAUAUAGGAUGAAUUAUGUGAACCUAAAUCAAACUAAAUUUGUGAUAUCCAAACUUGUAUGACUUGUGAAAAUAAUGUUUGCAUUCAAUAUUUUUAAGAUGUUAAUACAACCAAACAUAAUAAUAAUAAUAAUAUUAAUGCUUUAACAAAUUUAGUUGAAGCCAAGUGUGGAGAUGGUGUUAUCAAUUAAAAUGAACUAUGUGAUGAUGGUAAUUUAAUUAAUGGGGAUGGAUGUGAUUCAAACUGUUAACCUUCAAGAAAUAGCAUGUGCUUUUUAAAUGAAUGCAUUUAAAUCUUUUAUCCUGUCCCUUAAUUAAAAUUUGUUAAAUAAAUUGAAAAUUAAUAAAUUCUUUCUUUAACUUAUGAUCAGAAGAUAAGACUAUCUCCUAAUCGUACAUUGGAAUAAUACUUAAACUCAUUAUCUGGUUCUAUUGUAAACACUAAAGUAAAUGUUACAGUUGAAGCAAAUAAUUAACCAACUUAGGAUUUAGAUUAUGUUGAAAUCAUGAUAAAAAUUUUGUACUUCGAAAGAGCAGUUGAUCCUAUCUUUAUUCUAAAUUUUCUUGAUCUAAGCAUCAUCAUAAACGAAUAGGAAUUAGAAUAAGAAUAUUAACAAAUAUAGAUAUAACUCGUAUCUCCUAAUCUUUUAUCAAUCGAAGAAUAAAAAACUACUGGGUCUAUCAUUUAAUUUAGUUAAUAUCAAAUAUAAAUCAUAGCGGGAUUAGUAUUAGUUUCUUCUUUAAGUGGAAAAUUUUAGAUCAUAGAAAAUUAAAUAGAAAUGAUGUAAAUGCUCUAUUAUUACAAAUACAUUAAUAUUAUCAAGGGAUAAAAUUUGCUAAAGUUUUUUGAUACAUUUAAAAUAAUAUAGUUAGCCAACUUUUAUGAAUUUAUUGGAUUUUCACCCUAAUCCUUUAUAUUUUUCAAUGUAACUUCCGAAAAUUCACAAUCUAUCUUUGAGGAUGAUGGAAGAAGCUCAAAUUUUUUGGGUGCCUUUUUCGAAGUAUUCUCCAUCUUUUUCGUAGCCUAUUUCAGCCAUUUAUUCUCCCAAAUAAUAAUUAAGAAACUUAUAACGUUUAUUUCAUAAUUUAAAACAGCUACGCCAAACCUCUAUUAAUUAAAAUUAUUGAAUCAAUUAACAAAAAUUUUCAAAAAACUAUCGGGAAAUUAAUUUAAAGAAUAGUUUAAAAUAUUAUUCUAAUCUCUUAUAUAUGAAUAUGUUAUAAACAUGAUGUUAUCAUUUCAAUAUUAAAAUAACUACAAUUUAUAAGGAAUUCUAAGUUUAACCCUAAAGAUUAGUUUAUUACUCUUUAUAAUUUAAUAUUUAAUCAACAAAUAGAAUUAAAGAUUUAGCGAAUUUUAGUAUACGUAUAGUUGUAUCUAAAAGAUAAUUUUUAGUAUAAUUUUAGUAGGAUGUUUUCAAAGUCCUAUGAUNAAAAUAAUUAAAUUUCUCAAUAAGAAUAACUUUUGGAAUAUAAUCAUAUGAGUUAAUCUUAUAUAAAAUAUUGUCACUAAUAGAUCAAUGAUAUUUGUAUUAUUUGUGAAGAACAUUACUAUUUAAAUGCAAAUAGGUCUAAAUGUGAGAGUUAAUGUGGAGAUAAUUAUAUUAAUGAUCUUGAAUAAUGUGAACAUAACUUAAUUUAACAUAAUAUUAUAUGUUCGAGCUGCUAAUUUUAAUGUAGAGAUUACUGUGUUGAAUGCUUUUUUGGAUUGUGCCAAAUCUGUGAAUAGGAUUAUGUGCUCAUUGAUAAUCAAUGCCUUCUUAAAGCUAAGUGUGAUCCUGAUGAUGGUCUUUACUACAACCCUUUAAUUAAUUAAUGUUAUGACAUAUGCGGAGAUCAUUUAAAAUCUAUCUACGAAGAUUGUGAUGACGGUAAUUUGGAUCCAUAUGAUGGUUGUUUUGAAUGUAAAUAUUCUUGUAAUCCUCUAUGCCCAUUAUGCAUAGCUGGAGUUUGUACUGAUGAUGGCACUGCAUGUAAGAAAGGCUAUUAUUUUGAUUAAUAAAAUGUAUCUUGUUUUAGUGCUUGUGGUGAUGAAAUAGUAGCAGUGCCAGAUGAAGAAUGUGAUGUGCUCAACACUAGAAAAUGUUUAAAUUGUAAAUUAAUCAUAGAUAAUAAUUGUAAGACCUUAGAUGUAAAUAACUAAUGCUUAGUCUGCUUAGAUGGCUAUUAAAUAUAGGAUGAAUUAUGUGAACCUAAAUCAAACUAAAUUUGUGAUAUCCAAACUUGUAUGACUUGUGAAAAUAAUGUUUGCAUUCAAUAUUUUUAAGAUGUUAAUACAACCAAACAUAAUAAUAAUAAUAAUAUUAAUGCUUUAACAAAUUUAGUUGAAGCCAAGUGUGGAGAUGGUGUUAUCAAUUAAAAUGAACUAUGUGAUGAUGGUAAUUUAAUUAAUGGGGAUGGAUGUGAUUCAAACUGUUAACCUUCAAGAAAUAGCAUGUGCUUUUUAAAUGAAUGCAUUUAAAUCUUUUAUCCUGUCCCUUAAUUAAAAUUUGUUAAAUAAAUUGAAAAUUAAUAAAUUCUUUCUUUAACUUAUGAUCAGAAGAUAAGACUAUCUCCUAAUCGUACAUUGGAAUAAUACUUAAACUCAUUAUCUGGUUCUAUUGUAAACACUAAAGUAAAUGUUACAGUUGAAGCAAAUAAUUAACCAACUUAGGAUUUAGAUUAUGUUGAAAUCAUGAUAAAAAUUUUGUACUUCGAAAGAGCAGUUGAUCCUAUCUUUAUUCUAAAUUUUCUUGAUCUAAGCAUCAUCAUAAACGAAUAGGAAUUAGAAUAAGAAUAUUAACAAAUAUAGAUAUAACUCGUAUCUCCUAAUCUUUUAUCAAUCGAAGAAUAAAAAACUACUGGGUCUAUCAUUUAAUUUAGUUAAUAUCAAAUAUAAAUCAUAGCGGGAUUAGUAUUAGUUUCUUCUUUAAGUGGAAAAUUUUAGAUCAUAGAAAAUUAAAUAGAAAUGAUGUAAAUGCUCUAUUAUUACAAAUACAUUAAUAUUAUCAAGGGAUAAAAUUUGCUAAAGUUUUUUGAUACAUUUAAAAUAAUAUAGUUAGCCAACUUUUAUGAAUUUAUUGGAUUUUCACCCUAAUCCUUUAUAUUUUUCAAUGUAACUUCCGAAAAUUCACAAUCUAUCUUUGAGGAUGAUGGAAGAAGCUCAAAUUUUUUGGGUGCCUUUUUCGAAGUAUUCUCCAUCUUUUUCGUAGCCUAUUUCAGCCAUUUAUUCUCCCAAAUAAUAAUUAAGAAACUUAUAACGUUUAUUUCAUAAUUUAAAACAGCUACGCCAAACCUCUAUUAAUUAAAAUUAUUGAAUCAAUUAACAAAAAUUUUCAAAAAACUAUCGGGAAAUUAAUUUAAAGAAUAGUUUAAAAUAUUAUUCUAAUCUCUUAUAUAUGAAUAUGUUAUAAACAUGAUGUUAUCAUUUCAAUAUUAAAAUAACUACAAUUUAUAAGGAAUUCUAAGUUUAACCCUAAAGAUUAGUUUAUUACUCUUUAUAAUUUAAUAUUUAAUCAACAAAUAGAAUUAAAGAUUUNUUAGAUGUAAAUAACUAAUGCUUAGUCUGCUUAGAUGGCUAUUAAAUAUAGGAUGAAUUAUGUGAACCUAAAUCAAACUAAAUUUGUGAUAUCCAAACUUGUAUGACUUGUGAAAAUAAUGUUUGCAUUCAAUAUUUUUAAGAUGUUAAUACAACCAAACAUAAUAAUAAUAAUAAUAUUAAUGCUUUAACAAAUUUAGUUGAAGCCAAGUGUGGAGAUGGUGUUAUCAAUUAAAAUGAACUAUGUGAUGAUGGUAAUUUAAUUAAUGGGGAUGGAUGUGAUUCAAACUGUUAACCUUCAAGAAAUAGCAUGUGCUUUUUAAAUGAAUGCAUUUAAAUCUUUUAUCCUGUCCCUUAAUUAAAAUUUGUUAAAUAAAUUGAAAAUUAAUAAAUUCUUUCUUUAACUUAUGAUCAGAAGAUAAGACUAUCUCCUAAUCGUACAUUGGAAUAAUACUUAAACUCAUUAUCUGGUUCUAUUGUAAACACUAAAGUAAAUGUUACAGUUGAAGCAAAUAAUUAACCAACUUAGGAUUUAGAUUAUGUUGAAAUCAUGAUAAAAAUUUUGUACUUCGAAAGAGCAGUUGAUCCUAUCUUUAUUCUAAAUUUUCUUGAUCUAAGCAUCAUCAUAAACGAAUAGGAAUUAGAAUAAGAAUAUUAACAAAUAUAGAUAUAACUCGUAUCUCCUAAUCUUUUAUCAAUCGAAGAAUAAAAAACUACUGGGUCUAUCAUUUAAUUUAGUUAAUAUCAAAUAUAAAUCAUAGCGGGAUUAGUAUUAGUUUCUUCUUUAAGUGGAAAAUUUUAGAUCAUAGAAAAUUAAAUAGAAAUGAUGUAAAUGCUCUAUUAUUACAAAUACAUUAAUAUUAUCAAGGGAUAAAAUUUGCUAAAGUUUUUUGAUACAUUUAAAAUAAUAUAGUUAGCCAACUUUUAUGAAUUUAUUGGAUUUUCACCCUAAUCCUUUAUAUUUUUCAAUGUAACUUCCGAAAAUUCACAAUCUAUCUUUGAGGAUGAUGGAAGAAGCUCAAAUUUUUUGGGUGCCUUUUUCGAAGUAUUCUCCAUCUUUUUCGUAGCCUAUUUCAGCCAUUUAUUCUCCCAAAUAAUAAUUAAGAAACUUAUAACGUUUAUUUCAUAAUUUAAAACAGCUACGCCAAACCUCUAUUAAUUAAAAUUAUUGAAUCAAUUAACAAAAAUUUUCAAAAAACUAUCGGGAAAUUAAUUUAAAGAAUAGUUUAAAAUAUUAUUCUAAUCUCUUAUAUAUGAAUAUGUUAUAAACAUGAUGUUAUCAUUUCAAUAUUAAAAUAACUACAAUUUAUAAGGAAUUCUAAGUUUAACCCUAAAGAUUAGUUUAUUACUCUUUAUAAUUUAAUAUUUAAUCAACAAAUAGAAUUAAAGAUUUAGCGAAUUUUAGUAUACGUAUAGUUGUAUCUAAAAGAUAAUUUUUAGUAUAAUUUUAGUAGGAUGUUUUCAAAGUCCUAUGAUUUAAAUAUAGCUUUGUGCUGUUAAUGAACUAUUGUAUUUUACCUUUCUUUUUUUAAAAAGAAAUAAAUUAGAAAAAUUAGAGGGUUUUAAGAAAUAAUUUAAGCAUUUAACGUUUUUCUUUAUGAAUGUGAUUUAUUCGAUUCAUGAAUUUUCAAAAAACAAUUCGCAGCACUUGGUUACUCUUGGAUGGAUCUAAAUUGGAAUUAUGAGUUUAAAUUUAAGCCUUACUUUGUUAUUAGAUAUUUAUAUAUUAUUAAAGCCAGUUUUUUAGAAAGUUGGUUAAGCAUGGCUUAAAAAAUACUUUUAGAAGCAAACAAGAGGAUUUGCAAAUCAUCAACUUUUCGAUUAAAGUGAUUCAAACAUAAAACCAUCAGGAAUCCAAAGAGUGUUUUAUAAAUGA